CGUUUUGGCGCCCAAAAUUGAGGAAAGAUAAGACCCUUAAAAGGAGCGAGGGAAGACUGAGGCAGAAUGGCAGAUGAUAUGUGCGGAUCCUGAGGCGUUAGUGCUCAAAGCUCAUUGCCCUUCUCAGGAGCUUCUCAGCUAUCGCUUUCGUUUCCGCCGCCGCUUCUGCCUUCUUUUCUUCUCCCUCUAAACUCUCCGGCGCCGUCAUGGAUGAACUCCAGGCCCUGAAGACCCGCCUCUGCAUCAUCGGCAGCGGCCCCGCUGCUCACACCGCCGCCAUCUACGCCGCCCGUGCAGAGCUCAAACCCAUCCUCUUCGAAGGUUGGAUGGCCAACGAUAUUGCACCUGGUGGCCAACUCACCACCACCACCGAUGUCGAGAACUUCCCUGGCUUCCCUGAUGGUCUCAUGGGGAUGGAGCUCAUGGAUCGCUGCCGCAGCCAGUCCGUUCGCUUCGGCACCGAAAUUUUCACCGAGACUGUCACUAAAGUCGAUUUCUCCACUAACCCUUUCAAGGUUUUUACUGAUUCCAAGUCCGUUCUGGCCGAUUCCGUUAUUGUCGCCACUGGUGCUGUCGCAAAGCGUUUGCAGUUCCCUGGGUCUGGCGAUGGCCAAGGUGGUUUCUGGAAUCGAGGGAUCUCUGCUUGUGCGGUUUGUGAUGGUGCGGCCCCCAUAUUCAGGGACAAGCCAUUGGCGGUGAUCGGAGGAGGUGAUUCCGCGAUGGAGGAGGCGAAUUUCUUGACUAAGUAUGGAUCUAAGGUUUAUGUCAUUCACCGAAGGGAUACUUUUAGGGCUUCCAAAAUCAUGCAGAAUCGUGCAUUGACCAAUCCUAAGAUCGAGGUCGUGUGGAACUCGGCGGUGCUUGAAGCCUAUGGGGAUGGAGUCAAGGGUGUUUUGGGAGGUUUAAAGGUGGAGAAUGUGGUAACUGGCGACGUUUCCGAUUUAAAGGUGUCGGGUUUGUUCUUUGCCAUCGGGCAUGAGCCGGCAACCAAGUUCUUGGAUGGCCAGCUGGAACUCGACUCUGAUGGUUACGUUUUGACGAAGCCCGGAACGACACAGACGAGUGUCAGAGGUGUUUACGCGGCUGGUGAUGUGCAGGACAAAAAGUACAGGCAAGCGAUUACUGCUGCUGGCACAGGAUGCAUGGCCGCUUUAGAGGCAGAGCAUUACCUGCAAGAGAUUGGUUCUCAAGAGGGCAAGAGUGAUUGACUAUCUGUCUGCUGCUCCAGUAAACCAACCGUGUCACGGAAAAUUACCUCUCAUCUGUAGAAGGAAGCUUUCAUUUUGGAUAUGUUUGCAUUCUCAACUAUAUCCAUUGUUGUUUUCAUGAGAUAAAAAAUAAUAUCUGUUAGUGUUUCGGUUUCCCUUGUUAUUGUUAUUGUUCUGCUACAUGUCUUCUUUUGUUGAUUGAUUAAGCAUCUGGAUACCAGUUUUCUGUAUAUCCUGAUACUACAGAAAUGAAAUAUACAGAUUGAAGAAAUU